CAUCUUAUCGAUAGUUGCCGCAUCUCCUCGCAAAACACGGAAAAAAGCCGCGAGGCGCAAACGUUUCUCGUCCAUAAGCAUUUAGUAAAUAAAUAAAGUCUAACACUUAUCAACUCAUAAAAACAGAACUAAGACAAACACUGCAACAUGGCUCUCGUCAAACCAAAAUCAGAGUUGACACCCGAGGAGCUGGCACGUCAGGAGGAGGAGGAGUUCAACACUGGUCCGCUAUCAGUGCUCACACAGUCCGUGAAGAAUAAUACGCAAGUGUUGAUCAACUGUCGCAACAACAAAAAACUGCUGGGCCGUGUAAAAGCCUUCGAUCGCCAUUGCAACAUGGUGUUGGAGAACGUCAAGGAGAUGUGGACGGAACUGCCGCGCACCGGCAAGGGCAAGAAGAAGGUGAAACCGGUCAACAAGGAUCGCUUCAUAUCGAAAAUGUUCCUGCGCGGCGAUUCAGUGAUUCUCGUCCUGCGCAAUCCGCUCGCCACCGCAGCGGGCAAGUAGUUGUAAUCAAAUAAAAAAUAAAUAAAUAAUACAAAAAAAAAACCCUCAAAAUUAAAAAGUGAAGAAAAAACCCACAAAGAAUAAAAACCAAAUUGUAAUUUUGCAUAAA